CAACGGCUGAGAGAGUCGCGUUCAAAUCAAGCUGACCCCUGCGUGGGAAACCACAUAAUUCCUAGCACUUUUUAGGGUUCGCCUCCGCCAUUGCGAUCGACGCACCGUCUCUGUUCUCCUCCUCGUCCCCUUUGCAGCAUACGAAGCCGAUCGCAUGGCAUUGCCGAACCAGCAAACCGUGGACUAUCCUAGCUUUAAGCUCGUCCUUGUCGGUGAUGGUGGAACAGGGAAAACUACAUUUGUGAAGCGCCAUCUUACUGGUGAAUUCGAGAAAAAGUAUGAACCUACUAUUGGCGUUGAGGUCCAUCCGUUGGAUUUCUUCACAAACUGUGGCAAGAUCCGAUUCUACUGUUGGGAUACUGCUGGUCAGGAGAAGUUCGGUGGCCUGAGAGAUGGAUACUACAUCCACGGUCAAUGUGCGAUUAUCAUGUUCGAUGUGACUGCAAGAUUGACAUACAAGAAUGUUCCCACAUGGCACCGAGAUUUAUGCAGGGUGUGUGAGAAUAUCCCUAUUGUUCUAUGUGGCAAUAAGGUUGAUGUGAAGAGCAGGCAAGUUAAAGCAAAGCAAGUUACAUUCCACAGGAAGAAGAAUCUCCAGUACUACGAGAUUUCAGCAAAGAGCAACUAUAACUUUGAGAAGCCAUUCCUUUAUCUAGCUAGGAAACUUGCUGGGGAUCCUAACCUUCACUUUGUUGAAUCACCUGCACUGGCUCCUCCGGAAGUUCAGAUUGACUUGGCUGCACAGCAACAACAUGAAGCCGAGCUUGCUGCUGCUGCUGCUCAGCCUCUUCCUGACGAUGAUGAUGAUCUGCUUGAUUAGAUUUGUUGGUUCAUACUACAAAACACCGCACUGAAUCUUGUAGCAGUCAUCUUUUGAUGUGUACUUGUUUUUUGAACCAUUGGUUGGAGUUGCAUUGUAGAAUUUGACGUCUAAUACUUUGAUUAGUUGAUUCAAGGAAUUUUCUCGUU